AUGGAGGUGCCGCACACGUUCGUGCGCACGGUCAAGGCGCAGGACCUGCGCUUCAGCCAGGUGGACAGCGUGCUGCACGACAUCAAGACCAAGAACUCGCCCACGUGGGUCAUCUUCUCCUUCGCGGACCAACGAGAGAAACGGAACACGCUCAAGGUGCUGGCGUCCGGACACGGCAGCAUCUCGGACCAGUCCAAGUGGCCGCCCGAGCUCUUCUCGCCCAACUCGCUGUGCUACGGCCUCACGAGCGUCGACUGCUAUGAUGAGAACGCGGCGCCUACCAACGUGCUGUCGUUCUGCUGGAAGGGACGGAACCUCCCGAUCUACUUGCGAACGAAGUAUGCCGAGUUCAACUAUGUCAUCCGGAAACACCUGGGCGCUGUGGCACACGUCACACUACACAACCCAGAGGAACUCGUGGAUGGAUCAGUGUUUAUGCAAACGCCGCGGCGACGACCACGAAGCUCGUCCAGGAGGUUUAUCACGAACGAUAUUGAAUUUACCCCUGAGGUGAUGGCCACCGUUCAGGAUAUCCGAUCGGACACGUCGCCGUUCAACUGGGCGGUGUGCGGAUACGAUAACUCGGAUAUUGAGAGCUCGACGCAACGGAUGAUUGUGGUGGAGAAGGGCAUGACUGGUCUUUAUGCACUGAAAGGAAUUGGCGGAAUUACCUCAGUCCUUGAAGAAGGGAGCACGAUGUACAUUUACCUGCGAGUGGACGUCCCGUUGCAUCGCGGAACCGAGCGCAUUGUGUCAAAAUACGUCUUGGUAACAUGGCAAGGCGUUGAAAGUGGCUGGAGCGGCGGCACGUCAGACGAUGAAGUCGAACUAUGGUUUGGGCCUGGCUCGAAUGGAGAGCGAUCGCCCCAACGCCGCGAUUCUUUCGCAUCUAGCUCCAAACUUCAGCGCGCCGUCACCGCUCAUGUCCACGGGAGUGAAAUCUACCGCGUAUUCCCCCAUCACGUACACUUUUUUGCCAGCACUAUUUCGGAGAUUUCGGAAGAAGCAAUCCGAGAGCGUAUUCGGCGGGCUGUGGACAAUGAUUGCAUGCUGCUUCGAGUUGUCUGCGUUCAAGCUUCGGGUGACACUCAAGCCCCGGUAUGCUUAGAAAUCCCGUUCGAUGCUACGAUUGGCGUGCUCCGACAGGAAAUCGCCUCGAACAUCGGAAUCCCGAAGGACCGUCAGCGCAUUGUUUGGAUUCGGCAAACAGAUGACUUGGCAAAAGAUUCCCAGCUAUCAACGGCGGUGAUGCUGGAAGAUGAAAAUGCCGGCAUUCGAAAGGACAUCGGACUUGCUCACGGCGACAAAAUUCACGUCGACGACAAGGACAACGGAGAAAACUCUGUCUUGGCUAAGCUCUUCGAACAGAUCAACUCGGGCGCUGCCACUGUGAGUCUUUCGGCUGAGCGGCGACACGAAGUGCAGCGAGGAGUGGAAGCUCGUGAGGCUGAGUUGAGGAAAAUAUUGUCCGUGACGCACUAUUUAAUUCGGCGGAAGGCAAGUGAGGAUCUCAAGCCAGUGCCGCGCAUGGCUGGUGUCGUUGAAGAAGCUGUUUCCAACGAGACGAAGGAAGCAGAUUCUGUAUCACCCUCGAGUCGGCAUAAGGUUGUCCAUCGCGCAGACUCGUCUGCCUCCUUGACGGCAUCACUGUCGGAGGAGCUUGCGAAAGAAGACGUAUCAACGUUGCAGGAGCAGGCGCGGGUUCUGGAGUCGCAGAACAAAUACUUGGAAAUUCCCUACGAAAGCAUCCAUAUCCUCAGUGGCAAGGAGAACGAGCUGGGUUGCGGGAAGGCGGCUACUGUGUACCGUGGCAUUUGGAUUAACCGGAAAACUGCAGCAGAGGUGGCUGUCAAGUCAUUCCGCUACGCGCGGUUAACCGACAAGAUCCUUGGAGACUACCGGCAAGAAGUGGCGCUGCUCAGAAAACUGAAGCACCCGAAUAUUGUUUUAUUUAUCGGAGCAUGCACGGACCCGAAGCUGAUGAUUCUGACGGAGUAUUGCUCGCGCAAAAGUUUAUUCGAAGUGAUCCACAGCAACAACUUCGAGACGAUUCCUUGGAAGUUCAAAUUGCGAAUGAUGCUAGAUGCAGCACGAGGUAUCCAGUAUCUCCACUCAAAGCGCAUUAUUCAUCGCGACAUUAAGUCCCACAACUUCUUGGUGGACGAUGACUGGCGGGUAAAGGUGGCUGAUUUCGGUAUCAGCAAGGUGCUCGAUACCGAUACUGCGUUUACGCAAUGUGGCACAACUGGAUGGGUCGCUCCCGAGGUAUUACUGGACGAAGACCUAGGGUAUUCAUUCAAGGCCGACAACUGGAGUUUCGCCAUUGUCAUGUGGGAAAUGAUCGCCGGCGGGCUGCAAAAUCCGUUCAUCGGGAUGGCCCCGAUCAAGUUCUACAACAAAACCAUCAACGCCGGCAUCCGGCCUCCGAUCCCCGAGGGCGUGGACAGCGAGUACAUCGACCUCAUCACGGAGUGCUGGAAGUCGGACGCAGCGGACCGGCCUUCCUUCGACGUGAUCGUGGCUCGGCUGGAGCAGAUGCUGCUCGCGUUGGGCGCCAGCAUCGACCUCCCGCCCACGUUCCAGGGUGGCUACCACCAGGCAGGAGGGGCAGCGUCGAACCCGUAAUUGUUGUUGAGAGUCCGUCCGUCCACCUCCAUCCCUCCAUGUCGUGCUGAGGCGCCGAACCGCUUGGUAAUUUUGAGAGACGAGUCGUGCCAAGACGUGUCCUCGAUCGUAUUAUAGCAAGCUCAUAGACAAGCAAUCCAAACUAUCGAGAGAU